AUGGUUUUUACUGGUGAGAAUAUUGCUCCCGGUUCUCAGGGCGAAGAAAAGAAAACUGGGUCAAAUGGAGAAGGUUCUGGGAGCCAAAAUGAGGAAUCUGAGUCAGAGAAAGAAGAGAAUCGUCGGCCCAGAACAUUUGCAGAUGCCGCAGGACUGCCUCCAUGGAUCAAGAACGCGACAGAUUUCAUGAACCGUCUACUAGGCUUAUGUCACAACCAAAAUAAAUGGGAGAGAAUAAGCAAUGACACCAUCAAUUGGGAAAAAUGCAAAUUUGAUUGCAGACACGAUAAAAAGGGUCCUUUACAUGAAGAAAACUUACCCGACGGUACACCCUGCGGACAUAGAAAAGUAUGCGUUAAUCAAACGUGUUUGGCAGAACCUACAACACUGCCAUCUUGCCGCUAA